UUCGGCCCCGACAGCAUGCAUCUUCACUUCCUUCAGCUGUUGCUACUCCUGCCUCUAGGGAAAGCUGCAAGGCACGGGGAUGGCCGCCAGAGUCAGAAUUCUGUUUCUCUCUUGCUCCUAGAAAGGCAUCGCAGAGAGCUCUCCUUGGGCAACCAUGAGGAAGCUGAGGAGAAGCCAGAUCUGUUUGUGGCAGUGCCACACCUAGUAGGUGCCAGCACUGCAGGGGAAGGUCGGAGGCAGAGAGAAAAGAUGCUGUCCAGGUUUGGGAGAUUCUGGAAGAAGCCUGAGAGAGAGCUGCACCCACCCCAGGGCUCAGUCAGUGAGCAGUUCUUCCCUGGGACCCAGGGUCUCACUCAGCCAGAGGAUGGGAUGCCAAUGGAGAAAUCUCCUCUUCGGGAGGAAGCCAAGAAAUUCUGGCACCAUUUCAUGUUCAGAAUGAGUCCAGCUUCUCAGGGGAUCAUCCUGCCCAUCAAAAGCCAUGAAGUGCAUCGGGAGACCUGUAGGACGGUGCCCUUCAGCCAGACUAUCACCCAUGAAGACUGUGAGAAAGUGGUUGUACAGAACAACCUUUGCUUUGGAAAAUGCGGGUCUGUUCGUUUUCCUGAAGCUGCGCAGCACCCCUACACCUUCUGCUCCCACUGCCUGCCUGACAAGUUCACCACGAUGCACUUGCAGCUCAACUGCACUGGCCUGGCCCCCGUGGUCAAGCUGGUGAUGCUGGUGGAGGAGUGUCAGUGCAAGGUGAAGACAGAGCAACAGCAUGGCCACCCCGAACAGGCUGGCUUUCAGGCAGAAUUUCACGUCCAGGAUCCCUUUAUCCCAGGACUUUCAACAUAAAAAAAAGCCAUCCCACUAUUAUCAGCAAAGUUGCUGAUUAUUCAGUCUGAAAUGUUACGUGGGUGUGUAAUAUUUUAAGAGAAAUGUGGUUUACAAAGUAAGAACGAUUUAGAGGCAUUCAUCUAGUUAUCGGUGCGCAUUUGGGAUCUGGUCUUGACUCUGCCGCUAACUGGCUGAGGGAUGUUAACAAGUUGCA